AGAGGGAAACGUCUAAAACAUGCAGGAUAGUGGCCCUCCAGGAACUGAUCUUGACACCCCUGGUGUAAAGCAUGUGUGGCGUCAAGCAUGGUGGUGGGAGUGUCAUGGUCUGGGGCUGCAUGAGUCCUUCUGGCACUGUGGGGCUACAGUUCACUGAGGGAACUGUAAAUGCCAACGUGUACUGUGACAUACCACAGCAGAGCAUGAUCCCCUCCCUGCAGAAACUGAGCUGCAGGGCAGGAUUCCAACACGACAAUAUAAAAUAUUGUAUCGUUCAGUUCCAGACACCUGUGACUAAAUGUAUUAUUCUUUUAUAGAUGCACUGUGAACUGUAAGUUGUAAUGUGUAAAUGAUAAACUGAAUCAUGAUGUUGUUGAAAUUGAACUUAUUUUUCUGAAGAAAUUUCAGGUUCAUAAUGUUUUAUAAAAAUGUGCUUUAUUGCACUAAAACAAAGAAAUAAUUUGGAGUUGUGGUUAUUUGUAGGUUAUUAUGCUCUGAUUUUACUGAACGCUGGAGACCAAAUUGCGCUGAAUGUGGCCUCUGAACUAAACUGAGUUUGACACCCCCUGUUCUACUGUAUGUUUUAUAAUUCACAGCAUAUUAGCAUGUUGGAUUCAUUACCCAGGGCAACAGCAGUGUUUGUUCACACAGCUACCCAUGAGCCUCUUGGGUCCUGCUCUGCUCUGACUGUGGAUCUCUUAAUAGGAUUAUCUAUUCUCAGUACAGGAGAAAGCCAGAGGAAGAAAUGAACCAAAGACGGACCUGUGAGAGUGUGUUUGUUUUCAGCAACAAUGAAAACUCCACUGUCUGCUCUGAGGAGGAAGAUUUAAUCAGAUUUUACCAGAGUUAGAUGUUUGGAUUCAUCGGUAGAGGACAUCAGCAGUGAUGAAUGCCGAGACCGAUGCAGAGACAAACGGUCCCAACCUGUCUGUGGUUCUGGACAGUGAUGACAGUGAGGAAGAAACCAGCCAGGAGGAGCCGCCGGGCACUAGCUGGAGCGACCUCUCCAUCAUCGAACGUGUCGGCCUCAACAGCAUUGAGAUGCCAGAGAAGGAUUUGGAGGCAGCCUUCGCUCAGAUUUCUCUGGCGUUCCGCUGCGAUCAGUACACCCUGAAGCAGAGGCUGCAGGCCGAGGAACACGCAAGGAACCUGGCCGAGGAGAACGUCCAGCUGGAGCUGAGCAGAGGCAGAGAGACUCUGGAGACUCUGAAGGGCUUGUGUUUGGACAGUAAGCGCUCUAAGAUCCUGCAGAGGCUGGAGUUGUCUCUGGACAUCCUCGGAGGGACGGUGGAGAGAAUCUCCAACACAGCAGAGGUGCUGGGUGCUGUUCACCAGGAGGCUCGGGUGAGUCGGGCCGUUGAGCUGAUGGUGGCUCACGUUGAGACUCUGAGGAGGCGACACGACAAAAAUGUAGCAGAGCUGGAAGAAGCCAAGAAGAUGGUGCAGCAGCAGAACUCCUGCAGAAUCACCCGCGAUCCUGGAGGAUCUCCAGAUUCAGAGGACGGUGACAGACCCAAGGGCUAUAAGCAGAACAAUCUCCGGAGAAGAGUCAGCAUAUCGGUCAUUUCCAGCCAAGUCCAGGAGAAGAGACGGCAGAGCUCAGAGUCCAGCUUCUCAGCUUUGACCAGAGACGACAGCUACGUAGUGGAUGAGAGGCCUCUUGAACCAGAUGAACCUCCAUCAGCAGCUCCUCCAGACCCUCCUCCCAUCCCAGAGUGCCCCCCGUCUAAACCAGCGACCGCCAGAAAGACGCAAAACAAAAACUCCUCUCUGGACACUUUGCGACAGAGACAGAAAGGCAAAGCGGCGUUAUCGAAGAAAAAGGAAAAAAAGACAAAUAUGUGCCAGCGGAUCUCUGCGGGCACGAACGGAUCCCUGAAGAGGAAACCUCACCUGACUCGGUGGAUGUAUCGCUGCCGAUGGGCUCUGAUCUGCACCUACCUGUUUGUGCUUUUCUGCGUCGUAUCUCUGACUUACUUCUUAUGGAAGCUUCAGGACGGCGCUCUCGAGCCGUGAUCUGGCCUUUUGUGAUGCACCGUUUAUUAGCACUUUUGUCUGACUUCUGUGAACGACCAGCUUGUGUUGUCUGGAAGGCUCUUUGGAUGUGAAUAUAAACUGUUUUGAUCUAA